GACAGUGAUAAAAAAGGAAAGGAAAAGAGUGUUUUCGAGAAUAAAGGGAGAGAUCCCAUGCACGUAGGAAGCAAUUAACAUGUCAUAUUGUGUGGAAACACAGGUAACCCGAGGGUGAAGACCUUCACAAGCCGUCGAAGGAGCCGCCUGGUUGCAUAACAAUGGCCUCCGGCAACCGUCUUCACCUCAUGAUAGUCAUCCUGCUUCUACUGAACAUCCACCACGCAAACGGCAGCUGUUUUCCGGCCAUGUUCAGCUUCGGCGACUCGCUUCAAGACACAGGCAACUUCGUCAACACCUACGCUAAUACCUCCGUCAGCAAGCCGCCUUGGGGCCUGACCUACUUCCAUCGUGCGACGGGGCGGUUCUCCAAUGGCCGACUCAUCUUGGACUUCAUCGCACAAGCCGUUGGAUUGCCGCUGGUGCCGCCGAUCCGUGGAGGAGGGGACUUCUCACGCGGCGCCAACUUCGCGUUUGCAGGGGCCACAGCGCAGGACAAGUCCGCCUUGGCCGGCCUUGGGCUUGAUGUUACCGGUUGGGGUAACUACUCCUUGGCCGUCGAGAUUGAGUGGUUUAAGGACCUGCUUCGAUCCGAGCCGUCCCUUGCAGAACCAACCUUCUUGGGCAACUCGCUGUUCAUGGUGGGGGAGAUAGGAGGCAAUGACUACAACGCCGCGUUGGCUCAGGGCAUACCGGUAGAUCAGAUCACGAAAGUAUUUGUGCCCUCUGUGCUUGGGGCAAUCAGCUCCGGGAUCACCACUUUGAUCAAACUCGGCGCGAGAAACUUCAUAGUUCCCGGAAACCUACCGAUAGGCUGUGUUCCGGAGUGGCUCGGAAAGUUCUACAGCACAGAUUCUGGAGACUAUGAUGAACAUGGCUGCCUCGUGUGGAUGAAUGACUUGUCGCUGUACCACAACAAAGCGUUGCAGGAUGAGCUAAACUGGCUCAUGGAGCUUUAUCCGAAUGUAACCAUCGCCUACGCUGAUCUUUUCGGAUCCGGCAUGAGGAUGUUCGCCAAUCCACAACAAUUCGGCAUCACAGUACCUUUUACUGCUUGCUGCGGAGGCCACGGACAUGGAUGCGAUGAAACUGGACCUGUUUGCAGCAAUCCAUUAGCCUAUGCUUCUUGGGAAGGAUUCCACCCAACCGAGGCAACUUACCGUGCCAUUUCUGAUGGGUUGAUCAGAGGGCCAUUCGCCAUUCCUUUGUUGAACCAAACUUGCUCGAGCUAAACAUGCAAGAAAGAAAUUAAGCUCGGCCACAUAUUUGUAUGCUGCAUUUUGCCAUGAAGCUUAUGAGAAAGGAGUAGAAAAGUCAGUUUGAUCAUCCAAAAAUCCUUGUUUAUGCAUUGCCUGGUAGAGCUUAUAGUUUGGAUUCCUAGAGUUCCAGGAGAACAUGGAAGGUAUCAACGCAGGAUAGUUAGAAUCGUUUAAGUGUUCAUUUUUCAGCAUUGAAUUAAACAUAUUCUUGCGGCACUCGUUCUUCAUU